AUGGACACUUAUAAUUACAAUGAAGUCAACAUUGAUGAAGUUCAAAUGCGCAACAAUGCGACGUGGAAACCUUUAAUGAGACAGUUAUUCGUGUUUAGCGGUGUCGCUUCCAUAUAUUUCGUGCUCGGAUUAUCUUUUGGUGCGCCAACAGUCUUUAUUCCGCAAAUAAGGAAGGAGUCAAACUUCACAAACAUCCUCACUGAUGAUAUGGCAUCAUGGUUAGCUUCUGUGCACGGCUACAGCGCGAUACCGUGGGUCCUUAUUAUACCCAUAGUUUCACGGCGUUAA